GCCCCUGCGCUUCAUUGCGAGAGGACGGCGCGUGCGCAGCGCAUAUAUAAAUCUAGGUCGCACUCAUGUGAUAGUUCACAUUUCUCUCGCUCAUGAGAAAAAGUGCUCAGUGACCGCAUCGCGUUAAUAAUUCUAACGGUUUACAAAUAUAAUCUCUCCGCUCUCUCAAUGCACAUGUGUGAUUACAAAAAUUUAAAGUGCCAAAAUAUGGCGGAUUCAUCUAUGUGGUUUAUGUGAUGCCGCAGUGUUAACGUAAUUGAGGCUUUAAUUUGUUGUUAUCCGACCGGACACAGUCUGCAGACGUUUCUUAGAAGUGCUGAAUUGAUUUUGUGAAUGAGUCAGCUAACAGGCGUCGGGAUUGUUAACUUCGUCAACGUGCUGCCCACGAUCUCAGAAGGCGUGACAAUGAGAGAAAAAAGGGGAGGUGCUAUGAGCAAAAUGCAAAAGCUCAGGAAACGCCUAUCCCUAAGCUUCGGUAGAUUGUCAACAAAAGACGAGUCAGAAGUUGAAGGGGAGUGUCGGGGUCGACAAAACGGUGGCGGUGGUGCACGCGGGAAGCUACCCUACAACGGAUACUCGGAAGAGUGCCUCGAUCGACUAGAGCCCAACGGCAACAUACCUAAUGAUAAGGAUUCCCAUUAUGAGUGGAGUGGCGGCGGUGGCAACGGUGAAUACCGUGUUCGAAGGCAGCUGUCGGUAUCUUCAGACUCGAAACUCCUAGACGAGGGUGCGAGGGAGGACGCGAGGGUAGUGAUGAGGCCGAAACGACCACCCAGGCCAAAGUCGGAAGCUUUCCUUGGCCCACACGAACAUUCUAAUCGUCGGACCAAGCGGUUUAGUGCCUUUGGGGGUGACUCCCCCUUCGGAAAAUCCGAGGCUUAUAUUAAACUGGAGCAGCUCGGCGAAGGCUCCUACGCUACAGUAUAUAAGGGGUAUAGCAAUUUAACACAGCAAGUUGUCGCAUUAAAAGAGAUCAGACUGCAAGAAGAGGAGGGCGCGCCGUUCACAGCGAUACGUGAGGCGUCACUUCUCAAAGAACUGAAACACGCCAACAUUGUAACGUUACAUGACAUCGUGCACACGAGGGAAACGUUGACGUUCGUGUUCGAAUUCGUGGACACAGACUUAUCGCAAUACAUGGAGAUGCACCCAGGUGGCCUCAAUCGGCAUAAUGUCCGACUAUUUAUGUUCCAACUUCUCCGAGGUCUCGCCUACUGCCAUCGGAGACGAGUUUUACACCGGGACGUUAAGCCACAGAACUUACUGAUAAGCUCGCACGGUGAACUGAAACUGGCAGACUUUGGGCUCGCACGUGCGAAAUCUGUUCCUAGCCACACAUACUCGCAUGAAGUCGUCACAUUAUGGUACAGGCCGCCAGAUGUUCUUCUCGGGAGCACGGAAUAUUCAACGUCGUUGGACAUGUGGGGAGUUGGGUGUAUAUUCGUAGAAAUGCUCUGCGGCGUACCCACAUUCCCGGGAGUCAGAGAUACGAACGAUCAGCUCGACAAAAUUUUCAAGGUGGUCGGCACGCCUACAGAAGAUAGUUGGAACGGCGUGUCCCGCUUGCCCGGGCUGAGGGCGCACGUGUCCCGCUGGGGCGCGUGCCCCGCGCGGCCGCUGGCGGCGGCGUUCCCGCGCCUGCGCGACGCGGGGCGGGACGCGCAGCGCCUGGCGGCCGCGCUGCUGCAGCCCGACCCCGCGCGCCGCCUGCCCGCGCCGCGCGCGCUCGCGCACGACUACUUCUCACCGCUGCCGUCUCGCCUCUCGCACCUGCCCGACGAGGUGUCGAUCUUCACAGUGGAAGGCGUGAGCAUACACCCCGAAGACUAGGCGCCUACCGCACGCGUAGUAGAAUCUGUUCACUUGUUCCUCCCCGAGCGGGACAUUCUUAGUUAGUACCUAUCAAUUCCUAUAGUUUUAAUCAACGGUCGAAAUACGGUUCAUUCAUUUCGACGGACCAACGUUUCCUGAUAGUCCAAGAACCCUUCCCCCUCCCCGCCCCUCUCCUAGUAUAAACGCUCGAACGCGCAGCGACUGUCGUCACACUCACGAGCUCGCCUCGAACUCCAUCCAUCCGUCGAUCGCUUCGACUUUAAUGUUACAUUAGCGCUUGUUAAGCUUCUAAUAAUAUCCAUCCAUGUAAUUCAAUUAUUCUAUGGUGACAAGGUAUACUGAUAGGUGUCGAGUGUACCGUUUAUUUGUAUAAAUAUAUAUAAACAGAGCAGUGUGCCAUGUAUAUCUAUAACUGAGAGUAUGACGAGUUAUUUUAAAAAAAAAAUAAGAUUUUUAUGCUGGAUAUAUGCUCAUAAUUUUGGUAAAAAUUUUGAAGAUGUUUAUUUAUAUUUACUAUGGGAUAUAUGAAAUCAGUGCAGUCUUAUGAAGUGACCCUUGUAUCAUAAUCACCGAGCACCGGAUGAGCUAAUCUAUAAUCUUUAAGUUACUUACCGAACAAAGACAAUCGGAGAAAAUUAAUUGUCGUUUCUAUUAGAGCUUUAGUAAAUUUAUUUGGCGUCUGUCUUAACGUGCACAUUCCUGAGGUGCUAUCGAGGGAAGCUAAUGGUGGUGAGCUAUGUUUAAAAAAAAAUUGUCAUGAUUCAAAAUCGGGAUGUCGAAAUUUUUCGGUAUAACCAACGCGUUGUUGUUCCAAUAGGUAAUGAAUACAUCGAGUAUUAUAUCCUAAAGUAUCGAACGCUAGUUUUCACUUCUCACCGACCUAAGUCGGGGAAAGCGAGCGAUGGAUCGCUUGCAGUGAUACAAUUAAAUAAUAAAUGAGACGUCAACCAAAAUUUAUUUAAAAUAUCGUGACAGAUCUCAAGUUUAUUAAGUGUGGGACCGUCCUUUUGUAUAUUGUAACGUGAUAGGUUCGAUUAUGAAAAUUUUAUUAAUUAAUCUGUACAAGAAUGUAGAACGAAGCUAGAUUUCUAGCUAUUAGGGAAUUUACCGUUUUAGCGAAAUUUUUAGUGGUCCCUCACAUUGUAAGGUUAGGGUCGCAAUGUAGGUACCGGCGCAUUGGCAACUUAAAUGUUUAACAUCUAUACUAGAAUAAAAAUGUGAUGGACUAGAAAUGAAAAUAUAGUCUUUAGAAUGUAAACAAUGAUAAGUACCGAGUUACUUCUCGAAAUUUCGAUUUCGUUAAAGAAGAUAGAAAAAUCAUAUCCUUUUAGACAAUUUCAUAAUUCAAGUAAACUUUAGAGAAUGUUCGAAUUCAACGAGAAAGUCCUUAAAGAUUUAUUAUAGUUUUCGAUCUAGUGAACAUCUCACAAAGACAAUGCAAGUCUGCGACGAGAUUUUCUCAUUUCAUUCGCUCGGAAUAUAAAUGAAGAACGGAACCAAUAGAACCGUGUUUGAAACUGUUUUGACAGGUUUACAUUGUUACUCCGCUUAUAAGGAGACAACACGUGCGGUCUGAAAAAAAAAGAAAAAAUAAUUUAUGCAAUAAUUAUUUUAAUUCUCAUAAUUAGAUACAAUAAUUACUUUGUAAUAGGAUAAUUGAUAUAAAUUUCUACGAAAAAAUUAAGCUGUAAAAAUGCGUUUUUACUUAAAUCAAUCGAAUAAAAAAUAAUAAUAAUAGCCUAAAUAGGCUUAGCCUAACGAAUAGGUCAUACUUCACUGCCAAUGUUUAAGACAGAAAAGUUUGAGUUAGGCAGGACAUAAGUAGUGUCGAGUUGUCAGUGUGCGCGGACACUAGUGCGAGUAUAAUUAGUGUAGUGUAGAGAAUACAGAGCUUUAGAGAUUAUAUUGAGUGGAGGACGUCGCUCGAUAUCGUUUGAGCGCAAAAUUUCGAAAUUAAUUCAAAUAUUUAUUUUGGAUCAAUUCCGCGUUUAGAAGCGUUAUUUGUUUAGGAUAAUCUUCUGGAAGCAAACUUUGCACAGGCUAUAGAUUCGCUCAAUCUAUAGAACAUUUUUUGAUUUAUUUUUUUUGUAACGCGAACGCGAUUCGAUUUCGUAGCUAUAUUAGAAAAUAUUUAUUUAGAAUUUAAUCAUUUAUAGUAAAAAUAUUUGUAAUGUACGAAAUAUUCUUCAUACUUAUUGACAAUAUUUAUAAUCAUAAAGUCGAAGGCCGUUCUCCACUCUCUCGGCUUAGUUAACCCUAAUUCGGUUCCAAACACCAAACUAGCGAGUAAAUUGUAUAGAAAAAAAAAUCGCAAUACUAUCAGUGUAUAUGAUUUGUUGAGUUUGUUCCAUUUGUGUAAUUAGUGCAGAUGAUGUUCACCCGUUGAGUGAGGCACUGGCGUAGUGUAUGAUGAUGAAGUGUAUAGUGUACGAUGAUGACGGAGCAUUUAACUGAAUGAGUUUAUCACUAACAUACACUUGUUUCAUAAUUAAUUUUCAUUACGAAUUCAACUAAUCCUAUCCUCGGAACGGAACUGUGUAGUUUUAUGUUUAUUGAUUAAAGCAAAUGAAACGUUUUAACGAAUUUAGUUCUUAUUACGUAAGAAAUAAAUGUCACGAAUGCGUAAACGAAACGUAAUUACGAGACAAGUGUAAUUAGGCGAAUGGCGAUGUACUGUCGCGUAAAAUGUAAUUUGCAUUUGUAUAAUGAAGAACUGAUGUAACGAAGUGUACGAGUAGACGAAAGUUAUUUGUAAAUAGUCAUAUUAGUUUAUUGUAUACUUUAGUUUCUCCAGUCCUGGACAAGUUGCCAUUGCUGUAUGAGUUUCAUAGCGGUAACUUCGUAUUUUACAAAACGAUGCUUCUAUAACACUUUGUUUGGUUGGCCCUUGGUCAUUGUUCCUUAUAUUUUAGUAGUAAAAGAAAGUUUUCUAUUAUUUUUAAGAGGAUAUAAACAACUAAUAAAUGUGUUGUGCAAUAUUUUGUACUAUAUAACAGUGAUUUGUAUAAUUUAUAUGCUUCGUUUUGUAAAAGUGUAAUAUUGUUCAAAUCUUCGUGCUUACUUUUGUUUUUCCAACCCUGCAAGUAUGUGAACAACAAAGGACGUUGCGACUACAUACAUAUUUCAUAUCCGCGCCUUUUCGUUACAGCGAGCAAUAUUACUGCCUUGUUCUUUGAACUUGGUAGCUAUUAUUUUAUAGUAGAAUAUUAUUAUUAUUUUAUUAGACAAAAUUAAUUUAAUUAAUUUUUUGAAAUACAUAUUUUUCAAUUACAGAUUAUAUUUGAUAUAUUGAUUUUUAUGAUUUGUUUUCGAAUUUGUAUUUGCACGAAGGUAUUGACAGAUAUGGAGUUGCCGCGUAUUCAUGGGAAUUUAUGAGAUUUAUUUUAAUAUUAAUUAUGUAAUAGGAUAUUUACAAUUUUAUUAAUUUGAUUUAUAUUUUUCAUAUCGCUGACGCUGUGCGGCCGCUGAGUUUAUUUCGAUUUAUUAUAAUUGUUUAAACAAUGUGCUUCUAAUCAUUUGAAAGAAUGUAAAUACGAUAUUUGAACUGAUAAUAAUAAAAAUUUUUAUUUCUUAAUGAUGA